GACACUCAGCAGACGGAGGCCACGAUCGACGCGCAAGAGGAGCAGGACCUGAUGAAAGAACUCGAGUCUCAGCUCUACGGCUGCGAGAUGGACAUCUCCUCCCAGGACGCCCAGCCGACCCAGUACGAUCUGCCACCUGCUGACUUGCAGACAGAAGGUACAAAGGAUGGCUUUGAUGCCACGUUGGAGCAUCUCAUGCGUGAGGUCGGGCUCGAGGAACGCGAGGAUGAUGCGAUCACAAAAUCUCCAAAGCGAGAGCUUGAAAAUGAUUUUGCCAGGGUCGCCAAGGAACUGGAGGAUGAAACCAGGUUGGCCAAGGAACAGGAUGAUGCCUGGCGGAAGAAAGCUGAGCAAACAAGAUUGGCCAAGGAAAGGGAGGAAGCUGAGAAAGCCAGCAGAAUGGCGAAGGAAAGGGAGGAAACUGAGAAAGCAAGGUUGGCCAAGGAAAAGGAAGAAGCUGAGAAAGUAAGCAAAAUGAUCAAGCAAAUGGAGGAAGCUGAGAAAGCCAGGUUAGCCAAGGAAAGGGAGGAAGCCGAGAAAGCCAUCAGAAUGGCGAAGGAAAUGGAGGAAGCCAAGCUGGCCAAGGAGAGGGAGGAAACUGAGAAAGCCAGGAUGGCCAAGGAAAGGGAGGAAGCUGAGAAAGCCAGGAUGGCCAAGGAAAGGGAGGAAGCCGAGAAAGCCAUCAGAAUGGCGAAGGAAAUGGAGAGGGAGGAAACUGAGAAAGCCAGGAUGGCCAAGGAAAUGGAGGAAGCCAAGCAGGCCAAGGAAAGGGAGGAAGCUGAGAAAGCCAGGAUGGCCAAGGAAAUGGAGGAAGCCAAGCUGGCCAAGGAAAGGGAGGAAGCUGAGAAAGCCAGGAUGGCCAAGGAAAGGGAGGAAGCCGAGAAAGCCAUCAGAAUGGCGAAGGAAAUGGAGAGGGAGGAAACUGAGAAAGCCAGGAUGGCCAAGGAAAUGGAGGAAGCCAAGCAGGCCAAGGAAAGGGAGGAAGCUGAGAAAGCCAGGAUGGCCAAGGAAAGGGAGGAAGCCAAGCUGGCCAAGGAAAGGGAGGAAGCUGAGAAAGCCAGGAUGGCCAAGGAAAGGGAGGAAGCUGAGAAUGCCAGGUUGGCCAAGGAAAGGGAACAGUUCAGGCUGGCAAGAUUGGCCAAGGACAAGGAGGAGGCCGAACAUAUGAGAUCGGCCAAGGACAAGGCCAAGGAAAAGGAAGUCGACAUGGCAACACAGGCGGCAAAAAAAUACCAGGCUUUGCCGAUGAACGCGACAAAGUUGCAAAAGCUACAGCUCUUGCAGGACAUUAUGGCUACUGGGGAUGAGGGUUGCAAGCAGUUCUGCAAGGAUGAGCUUGCAAAACUGAUCAAGCCGAAGGCAGCAACGCCAGCUCCGGCCCCUACCAGUGAUGCCGAUCCUCCGGCCCCUACCACAACGGGUGCCGAUCCUCCGGCCCCUACCACCAGGGGUGCCGAUCCUCCGGCCGCUACCACCCGGGGUGCCGAUCCUCCGGCCCCUACCACCAGGGGUGCCGUUCCUCCGGCCCCUAAUGCCCCGACCUUUGAUGAUGUCAGUGCGAAGAUGGGUUGGUCAAGUCCUGCAACCCCACGCAUGGUGGAGGCACCUGGUACGCCAUCUCCUGCAACGCCUGGCAGUGCAAUCACAACGCCUGGCAGUGCAAAAACAACGCAUGGCAGUGCAAGCGACGGCUUGGUCCAAGGUUCUGCGCCACUCUACAACCGAAAGAACGCCGCCAUGUUCUUGAAUCGCCUGAAAGGCAACCCAAAGAGGAUGCAAGCCUUGCCUGAUGACUUGGCAAAGUUGGUGCGGGACGAAGAUUCAAAGAGCAAAGCCAUCGACUUGAUCGUCGCUGCAGGAGGAGACGAAAAUGAGCUGGUCGGGCAGUGGACUGCAUCGUCCAUUUCUGUGGGGACGGACAAGGAAAAGGGAAAGAUGAAACCUUUGACGGAACAGGAAUUGAUCGGCAAGUACGGUGCGGUCAAUGCUGCGAAGGUGAUGGAGGAAAAAAGGAAGGCUGGUUUGGAGGUUGAUGAUCCCAAUUGUAAAGGGCUCAAGCUUUACUUGCACAACGAGUGGCAGAGGGAAUGGACGAGAGGCACAGAAGAACGAAGCAGUUUCACUGCUUCCGGAGAAGUUCGUGCGGGUGACGCUGCCAACGUUGCACAAAUUCUCAGUGUGCCCCGGCGGGCGCUGACAGGGCCCGGCCAGGAUGAUGAGGACAAUGUGGACAUGGAGGAGGACCCAAAGCCACUUCCGAACAAAAAACCAAAGAAAGCCAGGAAAAAUGAAGCCAGCGGCAAAGAGAAAGAGGAAGACGGUGAAACUGAGCCGGAAGCACCACGAGUGGAGAAACUUACACCGCUGGACAAGGCGGCAGACUUAAGGGGGCGGGCCCUCUCGAAGGCCAACCACGCUGGCUCGAUGCGCAAGCAGUUGAAAGGAGUCAGCUAUGCGACUGAAUGCCUCAAGGAGAUGACCAACUUCGAGCAGGAGUUCCAGGCGAUCUACGACCAGGUGGACAAGCUCAUCUCUGAGCUGGUCCACGAUGAUGGGGUCUAUCUUCCCAUUGCUACCAGAUAUCUCGAUAUCGCGAAGCGUUAUGAGAGGCCCAGCAAGGUAGCAAACAGCUUGAUCCGAGCUGCGAAGGCGACUCCGAAGGAUCCAACCGCGCCCAAAGGAUCGGCUAAAGCCAAGUCCAAGAAGCGCAAAGCCGCGGAGGGAGCCUAG